CCGCGGUGCCAGGCGAAGGCGGGGCCGGCGGGUUGCUAGGACUGUGAAACGCAGGGCUCACGCCCGUCUUCUCAGUCGGAGCCAUGUGGAGGACAGACCCCUCCGGCGGCGUGGAGCAGCAUGGGGAUGAGAAGGUUGGCAGCCUGGAGCCAGAGCCCACACCGUGGCAAGCCCUCCCAGUCCUGUCAGAGCAGCAGUCCAGGGGUGUGGAGCUGGUGCUGGCCUACGCUGCGCCCAUCCUUGACAAGUGCCAGACCUCACGCCUUCUCAAGGAGGUGUCAGCUGUCCACCCACUGACUGCCCAGCCUCACCUCAAGAGGGUGCGACCAAGCCGUGAUGCGAGCCACCCACACAUGCUAGAGAUGCUGCUAUGCCUAGCAGGACCGGCCACAGGCAUGCGAUCGCUGGCUGAGCUCCUCCCUCAGCCAGCUGUGGACCUCCGAGGCUUGGGGCAGCCCUUCCUGGUGCUUGUGCCUGCCCGGCCACCCCUGACCAGGGGCCAGUUCGAGGAGGCACGCGCCCACUGGCCCACAUCCUUUCAUGAGGACAAGCACAUGACACGUGCCCUAGCCGGGCGGCUCUUCUCAGCUCAAGAGCAGGCUGUGAUGCAGGGCCACAUGGAGCGGGCUGUGUGGGCAGCACAGCAAGCGGCUGCCAGGGGCCUGAGGGCCGUGGGGGCUGUGGUGGUGGACCCAACCUCAGGUUGUGUGCUGGCGACGGGCCACGACUGCAGCAGCGCGACCAGCCCCCUGCUGCAUGCCACCAUGGUGUGCAUUGAUCUGGUAGCUCAAGGCCAGGGCCGUGGCACCUACGACCUCAAGCCCCACCCCGCCUGCUCCUUUGCCCAGGCCGCCACUCCCCAGGGCGUACGGGUGGGCCCCAUGCACAAGCUGGAUGAGGAUGCGGACAUGGAAGCAGAUGAGGACAGCCUCCCCUACGUGUGCACCGGCUACGACCUCUACGUCACCCGUGAACCCUGUGCCAUGUGCGCCAUGGCCCUGGUGCACUCCCGCGUACAGCGCGUCUUCUACGGGGCACCCUCACCUGAUGGUGGCCUGGGCACCCGCUUUCGCAUCCAUGCCCAACCCGACCUCAACCACCGCUUCCAGGUGUUCCGUGGCGUGCUGGAGAGUCAGUGCUGCCGGCUGGACCCAGACACGUAGGCUAUGGCUGCCAGCUCUGAACCGUCCUCUGCUUUGCCAGCCUCAGCCUUCUCUUGGAUCCACGUGGCCCCAGCUCCCUCAUUGUCAUCCAGGGGCUUCAGUCCUGACUAUGGAUUUCAGUGACACUCAUGCCUCCCAGCCCUGGAGCUCCACCAUUUCUGCCAGCACGUGGGGCCACGUUUCUGCUAAGUCUGAGCUUUUCCCUGGGCUGGAGCAUAAUGGGGGUCCAGCUGGGCCUCAUCGAUGGGUAUUUGGGCCUCGCUUCUCUGGACAUCUCCACCCUGAGGCCAUGGGUCCACUAGGAUAGUGUCCCCUUUGUCUCAGGUCUGACCUGUGAAAAUAAACACAACCAUGAAACCA